CGGCGCUGCGCAUGCGCACCGCGGCGUACCGCGGCCGGCGGCGGCGGCGGCGGAGGGGCCGGUUCGAUGUCGGCGGCGCCACGGCGGCUUCCGGGAAGAUGGCGGCGUGGAGAGCGGCGCUGGUGGUGGGUGCCCGCGCUCCGCUGAGAGGGCGGCUCGCCGGGCUGCGGCCCCCUCGGAGCCAGCGGCGCCCGCCCAGCUGGAGGGUCGCCGCCGCCGUCCUGGUCGGGGGAGGCUCCCUGGCGGCGUGUUACAGCGGGCGGCCGGGCGUGUUCCCGACGGUCCUGGCUCAGAAGGAAGAUGUCAUUAAUGGGGAAAGGGACGAAAGACUGUCUCUUCGGAAGCAUCGCUUCAUGCAUUUCGCAUCAUUGGAAUAUGAAGGAAAAUAUUACAUGACACCAAGAGAUUUCUUGUUCUCAGUAAUGUUUGAUCAAGUUGAACCACCAGGGUGCCAGAGGCAGUAUUUCCACAGUAGAGUCCUAUCUGUCGGGAAAGCCUCAGCCAAGAAGCUGACAAAAAAGGAGGUAGAUGCUGCACUGCUUUGUGUUGCCAAAGCUAAACCAGGACCAACCUUUUUCAGAGAGCUUGGUGAUAAAGGGUUGAUAUCUUACGCAGAGUACCUAUUUUUGCUGACAAUCCUUACAAAACCCCAGACUGGAUUUCAGAUUGCCUUUAAAAUGUUGGAUACAGAUGGCAAUGAACAAGUUGAAAAGAAAGAAUUCUUUAAGCUACAGAGAAUCAUUGGGAAGGAAGAUGAUUUGAAAAUAGCUGGAGAUGAAGCAGUAUUUCGGGGAGUAGAACUGGAAAGCUGUGGUGUUAAUACCAUGUUGCUGGUACAUUUCUUUGGAAAAGAAGGAAAGGAAAAACUUCGCUAUUCUGAGUUUUUCAGAUUCAUGGAAAAUCUGCAAACAGAAGUCCAAGAAAUGGAAUUCAUAAAGUUUUCAAAGGGUUUGAACGUCAUGAGAAAAGAAGACUUUGCAGAAUGGUUACUGUACUUCACUGAUGAGGAAAACAAUGAAAUUUACUGGCAGAACGUGAAAGACAGAAUUGAGGCAGGAGAGAAUAUCAGUUUGGAGGAAUUCAAGACUUUUUGCAAGUUUACAAAUAACCUGGAAGAUUUUUCUAUUGCCAUGCAGAUGUUUACUGUAGCCAAUCGUCCUGUUAAACGGGCUGAGUUCAAGAGAGCAGUGAAGGUGGCAACAGGACAGGAGCUCUCAGAUAAUGUUUUGGAUACCAUCUUCAAGAUUUUUGAUCUAGAUGGAGAUGACUGCCUGAGUCACGGCGAGUUUCUUGGAGUCCUGAGGAACCGAAUUCAUCGAGGUUUGAGGGUACCGCAACAGCAAGGCAUUCAAGGUUAUUGGAAGUGUGUGAAAAGAGAAAGCAUUAAAGGAGCCAAAGAAGUGUGGAAGCAAACUGGGAAAAGUCCAUUUUAAAGCAGUCCAUUGUUCUUUUGCUAUAAAUGUUGUUAUUUAGGGGAGUUUGUCCUGUUUACAUAAUAGCUGAAUCAAAAAUACUCCUUUUUUUUUACUAUCGUUAAACUUUAAUUAACCCAGUUUCUAAUGCAAUAAUUUUAUAUUGUUCUAGUGCAAUCAGUUUGGUUUACAGAACUGUUAUCACUCCAUACAGAGGCACUCUUGUUCUAAGGAAUAGUGUUGUUUACUCCUCUCUGGAGUCUGACCCUGCACUGUAGUAUACAAGAUACGCAGGAUUUAAUAGUGGCCACUGGCAGGAACAUCACAGCAAUAUCAUCUCUUGUGGGAAGAGUGGACAUCAUCUCAGUUAGCCACUAACAAAGCAGUUCUCUUUCUCUGGCAAGGACAGAGGUCCAAAAGGCGAAAUCACUUGCACAAUCCAUGCAAAUCAAGUUAUCCUAAGUCAAAAAGGAAAAUUCACAUGGUUCGUGCCCUCAUUACUCUGAACUGUUCAUGUAGUAGUUCCUGGUGGAUGAUUCCACCAGAUCCUGUGUGGAUGUCUGGUUUGUCUACCUUCAUACUGAUAAUAUUAAACUGGAAAAACAAGACUGUUGAUACAGGCUUUAAAAGUUGUACAUUGAUCUAUGAAUGUGCCUUGAGUCUCUCAGACCUCUUCAACAGAUAAUAUAAAUAAGAAGCAAAAAUCCUCAUUUUAUCAUAAACAGCAGUAGCUACAAUUUGAGUCAUAACUAUUUUGCUUUAAUUGUAUUGCAGAAGGUGAAUGUGUAACAAAUAGUUGCUUUAUCAUACUAAAGGUUGUGACAGGGAAUGGUGCAGUAUCUCAGGAAUUCAAGGUUAUAAUAAGCAAGAGUUGGGGGAAUAGUAAGUCCAAUGAAAAAGCAAAUACAAAUGUUUAUUACUCCAAAGUGCAAAGUUAGACAUAAGAUCUUAAACAGUAAAACAAAGAACAGGUCAAAAUUAAUAUUUAGCAAUUAUAGAUGAACAUUUUUUAGCUAUAACAUAGUGUGCAUCUAUGUAUACACAGGUGUGCAUGUUGCAUGUUUUUUCUUUCUUAUAACCUUAGGAGCCAAUAGUCCCAGUUCCAGAUCAGUCUUCCUGGUUGGCCACUAUAUUUAGGAGAUAGACUUAUAUGUAAAGCUCUCGAGGUUCUUCCUCUUUCCCUAUCUCAGUUGUCUGACUCAGCUUGGCUGGGGUGAAAGCUUAACCUCUCAAGGUAGGUUUGUGAUAACAGGCUCAAAAGAUGGACUAGGGAAAUGUCUCAGGAAAAACAACCAAGAAAUCUCACCACUCUGUGAGGAAGUAUCCGUCCCUUUUAAGCAUGACACUAGCUGUGUUAUUCUCAAAGUUGUAUAUAAGCUCAACAGGAGGUGUUUUGUUGUAAUUUCUUUGGGUUUUGGUGGGGGGAGUCUUGAGAAGAGGGGAACCUUCCGUGAUAGACAUCAGAGCAGCCCUCACUCAGAGGAGGGAUGGGAGAAACUGCCUUAGGAAACCAUAAAGAUCCCACGUAAGGAGUACUGAGAUUACAGAGAGUGUAUUUGGUAUGUCGGUAGCUGUCAGGCAGGCUUGUGCUGAGGAGGAGUCCUACUGCCCAAGCCUCAGCGUGGUGAUCUCUCCUAGGGAAAUAGAGUGAGAAGCUAGCAAAGCAGCUCUUCCCUCCACGGCCUUCACUUGGAGCUUUCAUUUCACUUAUGUUAAAGAAAAAAAGGCUUGUAUUCUUGUCAUCUGUCGACAUGCACCCAGAGUCACCCACCAGAACAAGAGCAUGCCUAUGUGGGCGUCCCGACACUGUCUAGAAGAUAAGGCACCAGUGACCACCAAGGAUCCCUUUUCCCUCAGGAAAUAAUUCAAAUGAAAUACAACGCAGCAAGUGCCUCAGCCUCCCCCCCCCGAAACUGAACUCAUGCACUGCUCUGUGGGCAACAGGAGAUCAGAUACGUGGUUUACUGUGUGCAUUUGGAAGCUGCUCGCUGCUUCUGGUGACGGGAGCUAUGACUAAGAGAUAGCUAAUGGGAGCAAAGGUGCGGCAGUGGGACUGGCAUCAAAGUACGGCAGCCAGCUUUGCAUCACCAAAUAAUUAAAAAAGGACACAACUGAGCAAAGCACUUCUGUGUCACAAAAGGGUAUGUGUUCACCCAAAGUGUGCUUUGUUCCAGCUCUGGCUUUAAUGCAAGGCUGCCUUUUACCUGUUGCUGUUAGUUUUUUGGCAAAUCGUUUCUGCUUUGGAAUGGAGAUUAUUCUUUAACAUUUUAUUCUGUGUAAUGUUAAUAGGUUUAUGAUGUUCUUUAUUGCUUUUGUGGUUUCUUUUGGUUACUAAUUACUUGCUUCCUACAAGCUGUUUGGUUUUCUUUUGCAAAAAUCAAUUCAUUUAGCUUUAGUGUAUCUAUAAGUUUAAUUCCUCAUUGCUCAUUUGUAUCUGGGUUCGUGCAAUCAGCAGUAUCUGCUUUCAGCAGCAAGUUACUAAAAAUGGGAUUUCAAGUUUUACUUUUUAGCAAAAGCUUUGGUGUCAAGUUCAGAGGAAGAAGAAAACAGAUAUGUUUAUUUUUAAAUGAACUUCAUGUCUGUAUUAAAAAAAGAAAUUAAAUUAUUAAUUAGGAACUAAAAUAGAGUUAUAAAAAAUUUUCAGAAGAAGUUAUCCUGAAAGUACAGCCAGGAAGGAGCUCCUUUGAAGGCCAGGGAAGACUUGUCCAUCAGGCUUGAAGAAUCAGACUCUGUUUGAUGUGUACUCUUAUUUUUAUUUGUCUUAACUAAAAGGCUUUACAAAACAGUCUUAAAAUAAUUUCUCUUAUUUAAUAUCUUAGAUUGAAAGAGCUGUUUAUGUAAGUGUUUCAAUGGACCUUGUCCUAUAAGGAAUCCAUCAUAGUUUUAGCGUUAGGUGGUUUAAUUCCUUUUAGUAACUGUGUGGUAUUUGCAACCUGUCUGUCAGCAUUACUCAACACAAUUUAGUUAAAAGUUUAUGCCAGCUGCCAAUCUAUCAGUUAAACUUAUCAAUUAUGACUUUUUUUAAUGUUAGGAAAUCUUCCUCUGAACAGAAGUAUAUAGAAAAACUAAAUAAAAUUCAUUUUUUUAAAAAUCUCCAACAUUGAGUCUGAACGUUAUGUGGAAUAAAGAUGAAUACAUUGCACAUUGCAGAAGUCUCAAAAAUUGAUUUAGCGUAUUUCUAAAGGAUACACAAGGGUGAGUACAAGUCAUUUACAGCAUAAAACUCAUUUACAGAAUUUUAGUUGUAUCCCCAUAACAACAUUUUUUACAUUUCUUUCAGUUUGUUUAGUUUAAGAUUAUUGUUUAAGAACAUUUAUUCUUCAUUUCUAAAAGAAGCAAGGUAAAAAUGCAGUGUGAUAUACUAGAACUAAGAGAAAGUCAUUGGUUGUUUCUAGAAAUUAAUUUUGGUGUCUCAAUUUAUGCAAGCCUCUUUCUAAAAGCAAAACUCCCACUGGAGUCAAACCAAGUUGGUGGGUUUUAACAAAAUAAGCAACAAUGAGGAGUACAUAUUCUGCAUAUAAGAACUGAAAAAGAAAAGUUUUAUCAUCAUGUUAUAUGACUGCAUCAAAAGCAAAUCUCUGAUUUCCUCGAUCUCCUCCAGUGUAUUGUUUCCUUUCAGGGCUCAGACAGGUUGCCACUGAUCACGCCUGGAAACAUGGCAGCACCUGAUCUGAACUCGGGUAUCGUCAGGAUGUGUUGGUUUGUCUGUUGAACCAGGUAUUAUUAAAAGGGUGAACAAUACGUUCAUUCCUAAUUUCAAGCUUUUGGUGGAGAAUAUGUGAGGUUUUUAUAAUUUUAGGAAUUGUAGAUGUUUUGUUUCUGGACUCCAAGGUGUCUCAGAGCUCGUGGAAUUUUGUGUAGAUACCAGACAAUGUCUUGGCUCCGAAGAGUUCACAGAUUACACUUGAGUUAUCUAGAAAGCAGAGAUGAGACACUAAGAUAAACAAGCCAGGCCAUGGAUUGCAGUUUCACGGCACUUCACAAGUCCAGUGCAUAUAACAAAAAAGGAUCACUGCCCGAUGAAGGGCUAGAAUGGGAACGGUUACAGUAGUUUAAAACUGAAUCCAUUGUAUAGUUACUUCCUAGCUCAAACAAAAUCCAUUGUAUAGCAUUAGUAGAAAGACUUGCUGAAGCCUUAGGCCACAAGCGGUGAGCUUAUGCUGAACUUAUACUUAGUUACAUGAAGGGAGGCCCCGAGAAGGUGCAUCCUGUGAAAAAUAAAGUAGCCACAUCUGUCAGCAGAAGCUGCAUCCUCAAGAUAAGAAAAGGAACAGCCCGCCUGGAGACUGAAAAGGGAUCCAGUGAGGAACAAGACGACCCCGGAUCCAAAUAUUACUAUUGGACUGAACCGUUGUGUGAGGGGAGGGGAACUUGGAUUGUAAAGGAUAAUUGCCCAGAGAUUUCUUUGUUUGGGGUCCCUCUCUGGAGGCCCCCAGCUCGAGCUGUCCUAUACCACUGUACCACUCAAUAAAUUCCUCUGACAUA